GAGCCGCGCCGGGCAGAGCACGUCGCCUCCCGCUGCCGCCAUGGAGCCGCGACGCUGUGGAUUUCUGUUACUGUUUCUUCAUAGUCUGAGAGCUGUUACCACGCUGGAGAAGAUGAUUGUCAGUAAACUUGGAGACAAUACUAAACUGAGUUGCAUUUAUCCUCAAGGAGGAAAAUUACACUUAGAAAAUCUGCGAGUGUACUGGCAAGUAGAUGAUCCCCAAGAGAAGUGUUCUGUGGUAUAUGCACUGAUCUCGGGCCAAGACAAUGAGAGUGAGCAGUGCAUCCACUUUAAAAACAGGACUCAGUUACUGUGGGAUAGACUGGAAAACGGCGACUUUUCUCUGCUGCUGUUGAAUGUCAGCCAGAGCGAUGCCCGCAAGUACAAAUGCAUAGUACUGCAGAACACUGAGUAUACCAAACGGGUUCACCACGAAGAAGUGGUUCUCAGUUUAGCAGCUAGUUAUAGCCAGCCAAUACUCAGUGGGCCAAUAAGAAACACCAAUAGCAGUGAGGAAGAGGUGACUUUCAGCUGCAAAUCCAGCAAUGGAUACCCCAAACCAAAUGUUUAUUGGAUAAACAAAACGGACAAUCAACACCUGAAUUCAUCAGAAUUAAAGAUCACCCUCCAAACAGAUGGAACUUACAGUGUUUUCAGCACACUGAAGAUCAAAGCAACUUCUAAUAUGCAGAUAGAGUGCUCCAUAAAAAAUGAAAUAUUACAGGAAAACCUCUCAGCCAACUACAUGGAGAAAGAGAUGAGCAACAGUUCUAACCAAGAAAGUCAAAAAGACCUGGGACAAAACAGACGAGGUGCUCAAGCCAUCAGCAUCGUUUCUGUUGUCAUUCUGAUAGCUCUUCUAGUUGCUUUAGCCUGCUGGCUGAAGAAACGGAGGUCCUCUCAGCUAAAGUCAUACAAAGAUGUCCAAACAAAUGAAGACGAAGGAGAGCUAAACUCACCUGUCUAAAUGGAGAGUCCACCAAGAACCUGGGCAGCUUGACUUGCGUCAAAAGAAGCAUCACCCCUUGUCUCGGUGGCAGCAUUACUUGUGAUACAAGUGACAGCAGUUGCUGAAAUAUGUGCCAAGAUAGAUGGCAAAAAGCUUCUUCAAAAGAAGAGAGCAAAAUCCGCUGGAUUUUUGUGCCAAGCAGCAGUUGCAUCACCUCCCCAGUUGUUAACCACUUCAGACCAUCCUUUGUGAUAGUCUAGUGGUGUUCUGAGCUCCUGCACUGGGGAAAAUAGUAAGUUUCGGACUAAAAUACUCUGUGCCAGACUGAUGAAACUUGGUGAAUACCCAAAUCUAUCCUCAUCAUCAUCUGUGAGAACUUCUUAUCAGCAGAAGCGACUGUUUCAUGAGCAUGGGAAGUUUCCCUCUGUUUCUCAUUACUCUGACGGAGGCUAUUGAACAGGAAGAAUGGCAGCUAGGAAAAAAUAAAGGCAUAAAAGCAAAAGAAAGUCAGAAAAGAAAACUACAGGACUUUCUGUGAAGUCUUCUUGUGAACUCGUGUCCGCCUUUCUCUGUGUACAUCUUUUUUGCUCUUCUCAUCUGGUUUCACCAGCUGCAUGUUACUGUGUACAGAAGUAGCUAGAAACUUUCACCUCAGUCCUACAAAAGCAGGAGUCGCUGUGAAUAGGUUAAACACUGAAUAUCUUAGCACGAGGAAGCCGUCUUUAAGUGCAUUUGAUGUUAACAUUUUAUUCUUUGCCAAAUGUUGUACCAAAAUGGGGACUUCCACUUUUGAUAAAAGCCGGUGCAUACUGUGUGAAAGAACAUUUUGUGGAAAUCAGUUAGACUGUGGUAAAAGUAGCACUGUCUCUGCUAUGUUAAUGUCAUAGUAUCCGGACGUAGCCUUUAGGGAAGGAACGAAAGCUGUGGUUUGACUCCGCUCAGUUUGGCUGCACUCUAUUUAAUUAUUGUUCUGUGACUUCCAAUGAGGAUUUUAACCUGAUUUUUCCUCCCCUCUCCUGUCUCAUCCUUCUACCGCCUCCCCAACAAAAAAAGAAAAAAAAAAAAGGUGAGUACAGACAUACAGACUAUAUCACUGCAUUGGCCAUGAAUAUUCUUUAUUUACCAGUAAGUGAAAGGGAGAGAGGGCCAAAACCUGCAGCUUCAUGUACCAGAACACAUCUAUCUGACUCAUCCCUGUUCUUCAACCAGGAGCAGUAGGUUAAAAUUAGUAAAGCAGGAAAAUUUGUUCAUGCAUGAAGUUUUGAGGGAAGAGGAAAUUACACUGCUCCCAUUGACUUAGGUGGGUCUGUUCGUGCCAGCUGGUGAAGCUUUUUUGUUUCUGAGCCCUAGAAACACUUGGCUGCUCCUAAACUUAGGAUAUACUAGACUAAAUCCUAUCACAGCCUUUUUUGUCCAAACUCUGCAUAGAGAAGGCGCUUUGAUGUCAGUUUUGAAUUGAGACAUUAUUAUUUUGUGCUAAGGUGAGAUUUCAAAUCCUCGUCCAGUGAGCACAGCAUCCUGCAGAAUACAGAACCAUUAGGAAGAGCAUGCCUAGCUUUUGCUGGAGCAAUCCCCCCAAGCAGGUUCGGAGUUGGUAACUGCGGAGCUCCGCUGCGUCAGGAGUGCACAGACUCAGCUCCUCUGACAUUUAAUGGAAGAGGCAGUUAAGCUCUCACUUAAUGCAAUCAGGCUUUCUGUGUCCUGACCAAACUGGUGAGUAACUGGAAAAAAAAAUCCAAGUACUUAAGUUCCUCUCUCUUCUGGGUUGUAAGUAAUAGUUUUUGUACAGUAAUGUUUUUAAGAGAGAUUUUAUCUAUUAACUUCAGAAAAAAAGUAUAUUGCAUACUUGCUAUUCUUGAGAGUCUGUGAAUGAUACCCUGAUUUAUUUAUUAAUUUUACUUUUGUCUUAUGUUGCCUUCAGGUAUACAUUUGCAAUAUAUUGUAGCAGAUAAGGCAUUUAGCUCACAGCAGAUGUCAGAUAAAAAGCCCAGGGUGCCACAGGUUACUUUACAUGCCCCUCUCUGCCCUGUGGAAGCUUGCAGGCAUCUUAAAAGCCUGCACGGCUUCUGUGCAGGUGUGGGGGGUAACCACGAGAUCCUGUGGAUGCUUCUCUGCUGACUUACCAUGAGCAGUGGGUUUGUGCAGCCCCUGUGGCACUGCAAUAACUGACACGUGCCUUUUCUCAAAGCAGUUUUUCUCCUUUC